AGCUCCUCCUAGCAGGCCAGGUGCCCAGUACUUUUAAGUGUACUUGGUGUAGGGAGGCUAGAAAUGAAGAUAUUCAAACCUAACUGGGUUAAACAUGAUAAAGGACAGCCAAUAUUCUCCAUUGAUAUACACCCUGAUGGCACGAGGUUUGCUACUGGAGGCCAGGCUGAUGACGGCAGUGGUAAGAUCAUUAUUUGGAACAUGGCCCCAGUGAGGGAAGAGCCCAUCAGUGAUGUACCUAAACUGUUGGUGGAACUAACGAAUCACUCCGGUUGUGUUAAUGUCACACGAUGGUCACGUGAUGGACACUACCUCGCCAGUGGUAGUGAUGAUAGUAUUAUUAUAAUAUGGAGCCUUCGCUAUAAAACUGACGGGAAACUGGGAUUAGAAAACCCUGUGUACGAACAGUGGGGGUGUGGCCACGUACUGAGAGGUCAUAAUGGUGACGUGCUGGAUCUGUCCUGGUCACAUGACAGGAAGUACCUGGCGUCAGCUAGUAUCGACAACACUAUUAUCAUAUGGAACACACUAAAGUUUCCAGAGAAAGUAGCCAUCAUUGAAUCGCACACUGGACUUGUUAAAGGUGUUUCUUGGGAUCCUGUUGGUAAAUAUCUUGCUUCACAAUCUGAUGACAAGUCCCUUCGCGUUUGGAGGACCUCUGACUGGAAAGAGGAAGUCAAAAUAUCAGAACCAUUUCAUAAUUGUGGAGGAACAACCCACGUACUCCGAUUGAGCUGGUCACCCGACGGUCGGUUCAUAGUCUCUGCCCACUCUCUUAACAAUGAUGGACCGAGUUCUCGUAUUAUCGACCGAACCACUUGGAACACCGAAAUGGACUUUGUAGGUCACCGGAAGGCAAUAGAAGUGGUUCAGUUUAAUCCUCACCUUUUCGAGAGAGAAAAGGGAGGGGAUAGUCACGGCUGCCUGGCUAUCGGGAGCAGGGAUAGAUCCUUAUCAGUUUGGCUGACCAGUUAUAAACGACCAUUAGUUGUUGUACACGAUCUUUUUAAUAAUUCAAUAAUGGACAUCUCUUGGAGUAAGGACGGAUAUCAGUUAAUGACUGCUUCUCUUGAUGGAUCUGUAGCUUUCAUUUCAUUCACUUCAGAAGAACUGGGUCUCUCUCUUAACGAGUACAGGUUUGAUGAGCUCUUCAUGAGUUUGUACGGCCAGAAAAGAGUCCAAAGUAGAGGGACUCACCUCAUUAUAGAGAACCCUUCCCUACUCACUGCUAACCCAGGCAUCCUUGAGGGAAAGUUUGGACCGAAAAGUAACACCACACCUGGUAAAACCCCUCCCGCCAUAGCCAAGACCACGCCUCCUACCGCUAGUGGUUCUGUUCCUACGUUACAGCGACAGGUUGAGUCCCGUACUCCUGACGGAAGGAGGCGUAUCACUCCAGUACUCCUCAACACUGUACCUCAGUCUGGACUCUCCGAUAGUCCUUUCUCUAAUUCUAUGAUAAUGGCCACACCUCCAAAAACCACACCUACUAAGAGGCCACACCCAGAUGAAGAGUGUACAGCUAGUCCUACUCCAAUCAGUUUUGCUCCUUUAUCUCCAGUGAACGAGCCUCCAGCUGUUACUAAACAGUCUCUACCUAAGCAGGAGGCAGUUGAGGUCACUGGGUCUGGUAAAGGGAAACGUGUCAAGAAAGUUAAAAUAACUAAUGAGGAAUCGUUAGCCAAGCACUCUAAGCCAUGUCUGCAAAAGCCACAUCCACCAAUUAAUAAUUAUUUAGACUGUCCAUCCCUCCUUCCCUCUCUAUCCCUUCAAGUGGGUGGAGUUUCUCUGGAAGCGACCAAUGGCAGUGGAGGGAGUACAUUAUCUUGUAAAGGAGGGGACCUGGCCUGGUCCCUUCUCCUUCAUUCUCCUGUCCUCUUGCUCGGAGCUAGUUUGGCAGUUACAGCUGUUUGUGGUAACGAUAGGACAAUGGUACUGGUUUCCACGGCAACAGGACGUGUAUUGGUCUCUCGUAUUUUAUUAAUAAAUGAUCCAUUUCAAUUGAAAGUUAGUUCACACUAUGUUGCCAUAGCAACCGUUAAUGCAACCCUAUCAGUCUUUGAUGUGACUGGCACUCGGUCACUGGUCUCUGGUGCCUCGUUCCAUCACCUACUGACAGCCGCUGGAGGAGCAACUGGUGGGAUCAACAUUGAAAUAACGGACACUGGUGUACCGGUUGUCAUGACAACCAACCAAUCAUAUGGAUACCAUUACCUUAUGGAGUGUUGGGUUGAACUGACUCACCAAAAAGAAGCUGCUCAAAUGAAUCCAUCAGCCAGUGGAACUGAUAUAUCAACACACCCACUGCAGUACAUACAAUCAGUGAGUGGUACAAGGACCAGUAGUACUACAGUAACCUCUACUGAGGAGUGUCUUUCUUUCUUAGAGUCUCAGCUGUUUAGAAGUUCUUGUCUUCAAUCAUCAGUCGAAUACGAGUCCUUGUUAAAGAGAUAUGUCACUUAUCUGGUGAACCAGUCGCUCAGUGAAAGGUUGAGAGAAGUGUUCAUGAUGUUAGUAUCUUGUUGUAAUCACACUGGACAGGGUCUAGUACCAGCAUCAGUGGUAACUGGACCCACUCUUAAUCAACUGCUAUCAAUAAUAGCUACCAACACUAACCUACAAAGACUAUAUGCAGAACUUAAACUUGUUUUUGAUAGUAUCAAUUAAUUUUAACGAUACUUUUAAAUGUCAAUUUAAUUAAUAGAUGAAGCUAUUUUCA